AUGGCGGCAAGAGGAACGCCGGUUGCGCAACAACCCGCACCAGCUGUGGUGCCGAUGGACGACGUGGUGCAAGCCCUAAUCGAGCACCUCGUCGAGCCCCUCCUCCCCGCGAGGGUUUCUUCGGCGGAGCCACCGACGAUCGACCAGCAGAACUCCGUCGCCAAACAGAUGCAUACAGUUGUGCUUCUUUACAACUAUUAUCACCGGAAGCAAUUUCCACGGCUUGAGUUUCUUUGUUUUGAAGCUUUUUGCAAAGUAGCUACCAUAGCUAAACCAAUUCUUCUUACUUACAUGAAUGUUAUGCACAAGAAUGCUGAGGAACUACAAGAUUUGGACCAACAGCUCUCAGUUAUGGAAAAGAAGAUCAUGGAUGCCUGCAAUAUUUCUAAAACCUUAGAUGCAUUAAAAAAUGCUCCAAAUAUGGACGGAUGGCUGGUUUCUCGGGUUGCUGUAUUUCUUGUAGAUGCUUCCAAGGAAAAAUGUUUCCUUGACUUUGGCUCUAUGACGCAGGGGGUCUGGUCUUUGGUGGAGAAAGAAAUUAAAAAACCAAUUGCUUUAGUGAAUAGCAGAAAGAUGAAAAAACAUGCAUCCAAAAACAAAAGUUUCUCUUGUGACUAUUCAGAUGGAUUAUUGGAAAAUGAAGAUUCACUUCAGCAGCUUGCAUUUUCUGUUAUGGAGCAAAAGACAGGUAUUAGCUGCUCAAAGUUCUCUAUUCUAGAACGUCAUCUGACUUACUCAUUAACUCAGGAGAAGACAACUAUUAGGUUAUAUGUAAUGAUUUCAAUGGAAGUGGUGACUGACGGACUUGUGGAAUUUUCUAUUAAAGAUGUAUUGACCAGCUUGAGUGGGCCUCUCAUCGUGACUGGUUUAAUUCCUGAAGUGACAUCGGCUGUUGAAUACUAUCAUUUGUUGCCGUAUGUUAAUAUAUUGUCUAACUGGCUGUCCAGGUAUGUAACUAUUUAUCUAAUUGAAUGCCACCUUAAACCCAGGGAAGCACCUCAUGCUGAGUUUUUGGAUUUGCCCAGGCACCUGCCUGAAGUCAGUGAGUGUUCAUUGCGGUCAGACAGGGUACUUACAGUGGAAUCUCAUGAAAUGAACAACUUGUCUGGCCAGGUUGAACAAAUUGUGGACACAAGUAGUAACAAUAUCAGUAAAGCUGCAAAUGAAGUAACAAACAAAAAGUGCAGUAGUUUGCAUCCUACAAAUGGCCCUAGCAAUGGCUGUACUGAGAAGGCUGACAUGCUCAAUUCGGUAAAGAAGCCACACAUCACCAAAAGCAAUGAAGGGCAAACUUUUGGCCAGGUUGAACAAAUUGUGGCCACAAGUAAUAACAACAUAGGCAAAACUGCAAAUGAAUUAACAAGCAAAAAGAGCAGCAGUUUGCAUCCUAGAAAUGACCCUAGCAAUGGCUGUACUGAGCAGGCGGACAUGCUCAAUUCAUCAAAGAAGCCACGUAUCACCAAAAGCAAUGAUGGGGAAACUUUUGGCAGGAAAAGCGUACAUCUUACUUCCCAAGAUGCAGCAUCUCCCUCUUUUCUACCACUCUUCCCAGUUCAGCAUACAUCUGAGAAUUAUGAUGAAUUUAAUUUUUUUAUGGCUUCAAAGAGAAAUGAUCUUCUUCAAGCUUCAUUAAGAAUUCUUAUAAAAAGACGAAAUGAUCUGGUUCAACAACAACGUUGUUUAGAAGACGAAAUUGCUCAUUGCGAAAUGAACAUCCAAGCGAUAGUGAACGGGCAAGGAAGCAUGAAAUCAAAAGUCGAGUCGAUGAUUGAAGCAUGUAAUGCUCUAUGUUCUGAUGUAAGAGGAUAUCCGCAAGAGAUCAAAGUCAAGAGAUUAUCGGAAGCAAUUCUUAGAUCAAAAAGCUCAUCUCAGGAACUCGAUGAUAUGUGUUGUGAGAAUGGUUGGAUUCUGCCGAGAUACACCGUGCUUCCGUCGACUGCUGACGGAUACUUUCAGGCCAGCGUGACCGUCAAGGGGAUUGAUUUUGAGAUGAAUGCGCACGGAGAUUCGAUGAGCAGUCCCUGUGAAGCACGUUUAGCUGCAGCUACCAACAUGUUAAGCAAAAUUCGCAGCAUGAUAGAGCAACAACGUGCAUGAACAACAACACAGCAUACCAACGUGAAGAAUAGUAGAUUGACACCAUGAAGGCUUUAGUAUAACACAGUAUCUUCCAUCUUAUUAUAUC